UGUUUGAUAUAUUUCUAAUAUUUAAUCAGUUUGCUAUUUAUUUAAAUCGGCAAGUGUUAUCAUCUACAAACGCUACCUGAUAUUUGUUACCUUCAAAAUGAUAAUGUAAAACGUAAUGGCUGUGCACCAAUAUAUAAUAAAAACAACCAAUUUUAACACGUAAAUUCAUGGAAAUCGAAUAUGAUAUUUACCUUCCUGGUUGAUUUAAAGUGAGUUUGAGAAGAGAAACUGCAAAUAUAAAAGGACCGUUUGUCAUGGCUACAAGGGACUUGCUCGUCGGGUCGAUAGAUCUUGGUACAACUUAUUCUGGCUGGGCUUUCUCCUUCCUGCAUGAUUUUCAGGCGGAUCCUACUAAAGCGUCUGUCAAGCAAUGGCACUCUAGUGGAACUCUAGUUACAGAAAAAGCACCGACGUGUUUGUUGAUAAAGUCAGAUGGAAAGACCCUUGAAGCGUUUGGAUAUGAUGCUGAAAACAAAUACAGGGAACUUGCAGACAAUGAAAUGCACGAAGAGUAUUAUUACUUCAGAAGAUUUAAAAUGGCACUUAAUAAAAAGCUUGGUGAGAAACUGGACCGCGGCAUGACAAUAGAAGAUGAGAUGGGAAAGUCGAUGAUAGCGUUAAAUGUAUUUGUCAUGGCAAUCGAAUAUCUGGUAGGAGAUAUGAGGAAGAGUGUAAAAGAUAAACUUACAUCUGCUUUUAAGAAAGAUGAUGUCCACUGGGUACUUACUGUUCCGGCAAUAUGGACAGAUGCUGCCAAACAAUUUAUGAGAGAGGCCGCGGUGCAGGCUGGACUUUUAACAAACAAGUUGACAAUUGCACUGGAGCCAGAAGCAGCAUCGAUAUUUUGCCGCCAUUUAUCGGUGGAUACAGCGAUAUCUGGCGGAAACCUGUCAAUAGCGAAGAUGCCUGUCGGUACCAGAUACAUGGUUCUCGAUGCAGGAGGCGGAACGGUAGAUAUAACGGUACACGAGGUUGUCAGUGAGAACAGCGUUAAAGAGAUCAAAUCAGCAAGUGGUGGUGGGUGGGGAGGUAUCCUAGUUGACAAAGCUUAUGAAAACCUGUUAAUUGAUCUGGCUGGACCCGAGGUUUAUGAUACCUUUAAACGUACUGAGACAGAAGACUGGCUUGACCUUUGGCGCGAUUUUGAAGUGAAAAAGCGAGCUGUUGCACCGGAUAAAGAUGCUCGUGUUAAUAUGAGAUUUCCUCUUUCCUUCAGCAAGACCUUUAAAAGAAUCACUAAAGGAAAGCUAUUGGAUGCCAUUGAAGCUUCAGUGUAUGCAAGUGAUAUUGAGUUUUCAGGAGACAAGAUUAAAAUUUCUGCAAGUCUCUUUAAAAGCCUGUUUGAACAUUCCAUCAGAAAAACCAUCAAUCAUGUGAGAAGUCUACUUCGUGAUGAAAAUGUCAGGAAAGUAAACAUAAUUUUGAUGGUAGGUGGAUAUUCCGAGUCUCCUAUGCUGCAGCAUGCAAUUAAAGAAGCGUUUACAGGCCAAGAUAUUGUUAUACCAAUUGGUGCAUCUUCGACCAUUCUUAGAGGAGCUUUAGUGUAUGGACAUAGUCCGGUAUCCAUACGGGAAAGAGUCUUGAAAUACACAUAUGGUGUUGAAUCAACUGAACCAUUCAUAGAAGGAACUGACCCUGAACAUUUGAAGGUUAUAUAUGCAACUGGUGUACGAUGUAGAGUUUUCAGCAAACAUGUUGAAAAAGGACAAGUAGUCAAAUGUAAUGAACCGCAAGUUGAAAAGCCUUAUGUAACACAACACAAAUUCCAAAGUAAAGUAGCUUUGGACAUUUUUGCCACAGAACAAUGUAACCCAAGAUAUACGACUGAAUGUUCGCUUAUUGGAAACAUGAAAUUUGAUCUUCCGGAACCAGAGGAGCAGCCUGGAAGAAAGGUCAUCGUGUCUAUGACGUUUAGUGGUACUGAGAUUAUCGUGAAAGCAGUGGAUGUGAAAACAGGCAAGGACUGGCGCGUUUUCAUCAACUUCCUUGGAUAAGUUUUAAUGCGUGUCUGUCAAUAGAAAUAUGUUCAAUACAUUAAGUAUUUUUUCUGUUGACUGUAAUUAAAAAAACUAACUUUGAUAACAAAGAAAAUGAAAAUCAUUUUUAGAAAUAAAGAGAGAGUUAGACUGGAGGAAAAAUGUUGGCCCUUGUAUGAGGAAUGGUCAAACUACACACAUUUAUAAAGAAAAUCUUCGUAAUUAAAUAUAACAAGGCUUAAUUGUAAUGAAAUAAAAAUAUUUAGUUUAUAUAUAACUAAAAUGUUGAAAUAAUUGUUAUUGCUAAAUAACUUAUACUAAUAUAAGGAUGAAUUACUGGUGUGCAUACGAAUUUAAAAAGUGUGCGUAGCCGCCUUAAAAUUAUAAUAAAUAGUAAUAGAUAUAGACUAUAUUUAACAAUUUCACUAAACUUUAAGGGUAAAUGAAACUAAUGUGCUAAAAGAUGGGUUAUAAAUCACAGAUAUAGAAAAGUUCACUUGAAACGGAAAACUAGAUAGAAUUUGGCCAGGGAAGCAUUCUCAAAUGCUAAAAAUAUAAACACCCAAAAUGUUGUAUGAGAAAGAUACACUUAUUUUACUGAGAAUAUUAACAAACACAUAUUGUAUUGUUUUAAAACAUUCAGAAAACCCGAACAGAAUUCAGUGUGUCAAAUCUCAAAUAUAUAAAGCAUGCUAUUAGUAGAGCUGCGGAACGGUAUUCUGAGGGUCCCGGGUUCGACUCUUGGUCAGACCUCCCAUUUUUCCUCAUCCUAUGUUACAGGCAAGUUUAAAUUUUCAGUUACUUUGUCAGAUCCGGGUGAUGUCACAGACAUUCAAUUAAUGCUUGAAUUUAGAUAUUAACUUACUCCCAUGCAAUUUGGCAAAAUCAAACGCGCGCGAACUUAUCUGCCGGCAAUUAACAAAAUAUCAGUAACAAUCAUAUUACAUUGUUUCUCCAUAAACCAGGUUUUGAUUAAUAAGUAGCCAUUGUCGAUAAUUGCUACACAGCUUCAUAAUUCUCAUUUAUUAACUGUUUAUCGAAUAACACUAGUGUUUUGUUUAUUCAGAGAGUGUUUCCAAGAGUGUUAUGAUUAAUUUUAUACAUAUUGACUAUAGUAAAUUAAUAA